CAAAUAUUCUCCAAACGUUAGUGUUGAAAUUCAUGUGCGUCACGUCGAAAUUAUUUGAAUAAUUAUUCGAAAUAAAGUGCGAUUCAUUAAUAGUUUUCACUUUUCACCGUAUUGGUCGAAGACUCCACGUAUUGCAGGCUUCACAAUGGGACUGAUAAUUGGUCUUAUAAAGAGACUGAUAAAAUUAAGCGUCUACUUUGGAGCGCUUGCAGCUAUUGUAGUCCUCAUCCCGAACUUGCCACCUUACACCAAAUUCACAAGUAUUAAGCUUGAGCCAACUCAACCAAGAGUGGGACCUCUAGAGCCGAAUGGAGCUUUGAACAAUGCUGAGCAGUUGUAUAAAGAGAAGUUGUUAGGGCCUGAAGCAUUUCAACUUUAUAAAGGAGAAGUGUACACUAGCUUACAAACUGGCGAAGUAGUUAAAAUAACGCCUGGCGGACAUGUCACUUUUGUUACUAAGAUUGGACAGCCAUGCUCUGACUUAACACAAGGGCACAAAUGCGGUCGUGUGCUCGGUUUUCAAAUCGAUGAAAAGAAUAACUUCCUGUAUGUCGCUGAUGCGUACUACGGUAUAUGGAAGGUAGACCUAAACAACUACAAGAAACAGUUGCUAGUCUCGCCAAGGGUACAGAUUGAAGGUCGGAAACCAAGAUUAUUUAAUCACCUUGCUUUAGCCAAGAAUGGUGAUAUUUAUUGGACAGAUUCUACUAGCGACUAUGGGUUACAUGAUGGAGCUUACAGUUUAAUGAGUGAUCCUUCUGGGCGAUUAUUCCACUACAUAGCAGCAAAAAAUCAGAGUAAAGUACUCUUAGACGACUUGUGGUUUGCCAAUGGAGUGGUGUUAUCCCCUGACAAUAAAUUCGCAGUAGUGGCGGAGACAGGCCGGUAUAGACUCAUGAAGUACUACAUAGAUGGACCUAAGAAGGGAAAAUCUGAAGUGUUUGUCUCUGGUCUUCCAGGUACCCCAGAUAACUUAAGAGUGUUGCCCGACGGUUCCGGUUUGAUAGUGUCUCUGUUCACGGUAUUCGACGAGAAGAACCCGUUGAUCACCAAGUCGUUAGCCGAAACUCCAGUAAUUAGGAAGCUCAUCGCGCGGGUCUACAGGCUCCUCGAAAUCCCAUUCGAAUUCCUCAAUGCACAGUUCCCUCAACCUGUUUUUGAACAACUAGUUUAUGACAUCGGCAACUUCAAGAGUGUAUCAUCAUUAACUCCAGGAAUGUCAGGAAUCCUACAAAUUGAUUGGAACGGAAACAUUGUCGCUUCAUACUACAAUAAUGAUGGAACAUUGCAUGCGAUCAGUGAUGUCAUCGUUUUUAAUGACAAGCUCUUUACUGGGGCACCACAUGGUCAAGACUUUAUAGGUGCAGUGCCUGCUCCACCGCUUUUGAAAAAGGCCUUCUCUUCUGUUAAAACUACACCUCCGCCUAAAACUGCAGAAACUGUGACAAAAGAAGUACCAAAGCCCAAAAACGAAAAACCUAAACCUGUGGAAAAACCUACAACAGAUACACCUAAAGUGGAACAGAAAAAAGAAGCACCGAAACCGAAAGUAGAGGAAAAGAAAGAAGCGCCUAAACUUGUCAAACCUGUUGAAACUAUUAAAAUGAAACCAAUUGAAAAACCAUCAGAACCUAAACCUUCAACACGGGUACCGACAGCAACACCGAAACCUACAGAACCGAAACCGACAAUUGCGCCAGAAACGGUUACCACUAAAACACCAGAAAAACCUAAACCAACACCAAAAGUUGAGCCUAAGAGUACUCCUACACCUAAAGCUGAAACAAGGAAAGAGGCCACACCUGCAAAACCCAAACCAGCUGGAGAAAAUAAUCCUAGUGAAACCAUAAACUUAGCAAAAAAGAAAGUAGAAGAAAAACGCGAAAUACCUAUUAAAGAAGAAAUCUCAUCAGACACAAUCAAACCAAACAAAGAAACGUUAAAAGUUAUAAAGAAAGACGGUCCCACAGAGAUACCUAACCCAAAUCUGUAAAAUAUAUUGUAGUUUCUUGGUUGUGGUGUACUAGUGAAAGGGUUGUGGGUUGUAUUCAAUGAUGUGCAUGUACAUGGAACAAAGUUUUAAGGACAUCUCACAUUUUUGUUUAGAUCAUUUAUUUGCUAAGUUCGAAGAAAUCAUAAUAUGAUUUAUUAUCAGUCAAAUAUUUCCUUCGUAAUUGAUGUCAUUCCAACUUACAUUCCGAAUACUACUAUAACUGUGUAUUACACUUCAAGCUUAAUCAAUAUCAUAUUUACAAAUACACGCAUGUACUAUUCUUGUAGUUUAUAAAUAUUAUUAGAAAAGCAUUUAAAAACUUAUUUGGUGAUUUAUAAGAAAUUACUGUAAUUAGCAUUUACUAAAAUAAAAAAUCAUAUAGAUAAUAU